GAAGCAAAUAAUUGAGUCUUCGUCUUCAUCAUCGUCGAUAUGGAAUAUCUCAAGCCAGGCUCUGCAAACUCUUCUCCUCUCACUCCUUUAGGUUUUCUCGAAAGAGCCUCCACCGUCUACGGCGACUGCAAUUCCAUCAUCUAUAAUAACACCACUUUCACGUGGUCGCAAACCCACCGUCGCUGUCUCCAACUAGCUUCCUCUCUUUCCUCCAUCGGAAUCCGCCGUGGCCAUGUCGUGUCCGUCGUGGCACCCAACAUCCCCGCCAUGUACGAGCUCCACUUUGCAGUUCCCUUCGCCGGCGCCGUCCUCAACAACAUCAACACCCGCCUGGACGCUCGCACCAUCUCCGUCAUACUCCGCCAUGGUGAAUCCAAGCUCGUCUUCGUGGAUUGCCUCUCUCGCGCUCUGGUACUAGACGCCGUCUCCUUGCUGCCGCCGGAGACUCAACGCCCUAUCCUUAUACUCAUUACUGACGACUCAGUGGGACCCACAUCAUUGGAGGGAUUCUUCGACACCUACGAGGCGUUGCUGGCGAAGGGUGACCCGAAUUUCCAGUGGGUCCGACCCAAAAGCGAGUGGGAUCCGAUGCUCUUGAAUUACACGUCCGGUACGACUUCGUCUCCGAAGGGGGUGGUUCAUUGCCACCGAGGGACCUUCGUGAUGACCGUAGAUUCUCUGAUCGACUGGGCCGUUCCCAAACAACCGGUCUACCUUUGGACACUAAAUAUGUUCCACUCUAAUGGUUGGAGCUUCCCGUGGGGAAUGGCAGCAGUCGGAGGAACCAAUAUCUGCGUCCGUAAGUUUAAUGCCGCCACCGUGUUCGCUCUCAUCGAACGCCACGGCGUCACACACAUGUGCGCCGCCCCGGUGGUGCUCAACAUGUUAACAAACUCCCCGAGAGUAAAACCUCUAAGAAGGCCCGUUCAGGUCCUCACGGGUGGAGCGCCGCCACCUGCGGCAGUGCUGCACCGAACGGAAGCGUUAGGAUUUGUUGUUACUCACGGGUAUGGGCUGACAGAAGUACUCGGGGUGGUGGUUUCAUGUGCGUGGAAGCCUGGGUGGAACUUACUGCCGGCGACGGAGAGGGCACGGUUGAAGGCGAGGCAGGGGGUGAGAACAAUCGGGCUGACGGAGGUGGACGUUGUGGUUUCAGAUUCAGGUAAAAGCGUUAAACGCGAUGGGUCAACCCUCGGUGAAGUGGUUCUUCGAGGUGGAUGCGUCAUGUUGGGUUACUUGAAGGAUCCAGCUGCGAACUCCAAGUGCUUCAAGAAUGGUUGGUUCUACACCGGUGAUGUUGGAGUGAUGCACCCAGAUGGAUACUUAGAGAUUAAAGAUCGAUCUAAGGAUGUGAUCAUAAGCGGUGGCGAGAAUGUGAGCAGCGUGGAAGUCGAAUCGGUGCUGUACAGCAACCCGGCGGUGAACGAGGCAGCGGUGGUGGCGAGACCGGAUGAGUUCUGGGGAGAGACGCCGUGCGCGUUCGUGAGCCUGAGGGAGGGAUUGGAGAAGAAGCCGACGGAGAAGGAGAUAAUGGAGUAUUGCAGAGGGAGGAUGCCGCGGUUCAUGGUGCCCAAGACGGUGGUGUUCAAGGAGGAUCUUCCCAAGACUUUGACUGGUAAGAUUCAGAAGUUCAUUCUGAGAAAAGAAGCCAAAGAUAUGGGAAGCUUGAAACAUAGCAGACUGUGAUCGAUGAAGAUGAUGAUGAGAUUAAAGCGAGGAAAAACGAUGAAGGAAACUGUUUGAGCCGAAGAUAUGCAUAAAACUUAUAUACAACACUCGUGGAAAAAUGGGUAGAUCUCAUAACAGGUUAUGAUUGGAGAAAAAUUGAUAUUUUAACGACAAUAUGGCAACGCAAAUUUUAUUUACAUGGUGCUUCUGUAAUUUAUAGAUGUUAUAAUAAUUUUUAAUUUG